CCUAACUAUAAAGCUCAGAGAGGUAUAAGCCAUUCUGUUUCAUAAUUUAUCCCGGGCCAUGGAUCUUUUGGUGUUUUUAAAUCUGUUAACGCUAUGGAGUUGUGGGAAUUUCGCAGCCUUGAGCGCCGCGGACGGCUCGCUCCCAGCCCCGGCGAAAUGCCCCUUCGGCUCGUUCCAGUGCAAGGACGGCCGCGGCUGCGCGCUCAACAUUUACCUUUGCGAUGGGGAGAAGGACUGCGCGGACGGCUCCGAUGAGGAGGACUGCCCUAUGCAGUGCAACUCAGAACAGUUCCAGUGCGCCCACGGCAGGAAGUGCAUUAAGUUGAGCGAGGUGUGCGACGGGACAGCCCAGUGCCAGGACCGCUCAGAUGAGAGUAACUGCAGAAAGCUCACGGAAGAAUGCGCUGUCCGCUGCGACGACACCCGCUGCCUCCCCUUGUCUUUCCGCUGCGAUGGAGAGAGGGACUGUUUGGACGGGGCAGACGAGCUGGACUGUGAUGGAGGGUGUGAGAGCGACGAAUUCCAUUGCGCCAGUGGUCAGUGCGUCCCCGGGAGCUCGCACUGCGACGGGCACGCCGACUGCCAUGACCGCUCGGAUGAAAAGGGCUGCCAGUCAUCGGGAUGUCCCAGCCAAAAACGCUGCUCUGAUACCGGCCGGUGUCUGUUGCCUGUCUGGGUAUGUGACGGUGAGGAGGACUGCCAGGACGGGUCGGAUGAGAAGGACUGUCCAGCGACUCAAGUGACAUGUGGGGAGUUCCAGUGGACCUGUGCUUCAAAAACUCAGUGCAUCCCCAUCUCCUGGCAUUGCGACAGGGAGGUGGACUGCAGUGACCGCAGUGAUGAGGCUGGAUGUGCACCUGCCCAAUGUCCCUCUCACCAGUUCCAGUGUGGGACUGGCGAGUGUGUGGGCCCAGCCUUGGUGUGUAAUGCGAGUACCGACUGCGUUGAUGGCUCUGACGAGGGCCCGGCCUGCCAUAACGAUGCAUGCUCCAGUCCUGGAAGCCCCCGGUGUGCCCUCAAGUGCUACAACACACCACAGGGCGCGAGAUGCAGCUGCGAUGUGGGCUUUGAGCUGCUGGCUGACCAGGUGACCUGUGUGGACAGCGACGAAUGCAAAUCUGCGGAGCCUCCCUGUAGUCACAUCUGCGUGAAUACCGAGGGCUCCUACAGGUGCCACUGCCACCCAGGUUACCAGCUAGCAGCAGACGACCAUGGGUGUGAAAUAACAGGGGAGCCCCUUCUGCUGGCUUCGAUGCAGAAUGAAUUGCUCCUGCAUGGCCUGCGGAGUUCUAGCCUAGACAUCCAUCCCACCGCCAGCAAGAAGGCCAUCAUGUGGGUGGACUAUGAUUGGCAAGAGCAAAAGAUCUUUUGGGUAAAUCUGGAAGCUGAGAGCAUCAAGUGGAACUCUCUGGACAAGAGAGACAAGGGCACAAUCGUAAAAGGAGUCAAGGCAGACUGCUUUGGAGUGGAUUGGGUUGGGCGGAACCUGUACUGGAUCGAUGGUGAGAUGGGCGAGAUUCAUGCUGUGAUGCUUGACACCACAACUACAGCCCAGGAUUCCAUAAUAGUUGUGGACGAGGACCUGGAACAGCCUCGUUUUCUCUUACUGAUGCCUGAGACUGGGAUGAUGUUCUGGUCCGAUAUCGGUGGUGAGCCACGGAUCGAGCGAGCAGGCAUGGACGGCUCGGAGAGGAGGACUGUGGUCCGUGACAAACUCAGCUGGCCUGGCAGUCUAGCUGUGGAUUCGCUGGGUGGGAGGAUCUACUGGACAGAUGAGAAACUCAGGUGCAUUGGUUCAGCCACACUAGACGGACAGGAUAUCAAGCUUCUGCAGCUGGCUCAGACACCCAGACCUUUCUCGGUGGCAGUGUUUGAAGACAUGGUCUACUGGUCUGACACCGAGAGGAGAGCUGUGCAGAGGGCCAACAAACAUACGGGCAAGGGCCGGGAAACGCUUCUGAAGCGGGACGGGCAGCUCUUGGGAGUGAGAAUCGUCCACAAGCUGCUGCAGGAGGAUGCGUCGCAUCCGUGUGAGCAGCUGCGCUGCUCCCACCUCUGCCUGCUAGCGCCGGGACCCAGUGCUGUGUGCCGCUGCCCCUCUGGUCUCCUGCUGGGCCACGAUGGGCUCACCUGCUCACAGCUGGAGGAUUCUGCUUUCAUCUACAUCCUGUCACCUACCUCUGUCACCCAGGUAUACCUGCAGAGCCUGGGCACUCUGGUGGGGCAGAACUGGCCUGACCACCAUGUGCUGGCAUUACCUGGCAUCGACGAAGCCACAGCGUUGGCGUACGUGCAGUGGAACCACAGCCUGUAUGUUUCGGACGCAGGACGGGGGAGCGUAGAGGCGCUCAAGCUGCAAGAGGGGAACCUGCAACACAGCCAUGCGGUGGUUAAGUUGCAUGGGGAUGAUGUGGUGAUCGCAAUGGCUGUGGACCACAUCACCCUCAACCUGUACUGGUGCAGCCGCGAGCAGCCAGGCCUGCAUGUCACCUCGGGCUCUGGAGCCUACACAGCUGUGCUGCUGGAUGACCUGAAGGCCCCCAGUGCGGUUGCCCUGCACCCCCCAGCUGGCCGCGUCUGCUUCAGCGACCUGGCACGGGUUGAGUGUGCCUACAUGGACGGGAGAAACCGCAGCCUGCUCUGGCAGAAGGCCCAGAAUCCCCGCUCCCUGACCUUCUCUCCUGAUGGGUCCAGAUUAUACUGGGCUGACACUGGUAAAGAAGUCAUCAGUUCCAUUGGCAUUGAUGGGUCUGGAUACAAGGAGUUUGAAACCAGUGGUAGAUUGAUUGACGCCCUGGCUUGCAGUGACAGUGUGAUCUUCUGGGUCACGGUCAAUGAUACCACGAAGGUUUGGUUCAGCGACGGCUCACAAGCCAAGCAGCUGUGGUUUGAAGUGAAGACCAACAUCGUUGAUAUGAAAGCCUAUAGCAAGAGCGUUCAAGAAGGAAGCAAUCUGUGCUCCGAUAGGAACGGGGGCUGUAGUCACCUGUGUCUGCCAUUUCCUGGCGGUCGGACAUGCCGCUGUACGAAAGGCCAUCGCUUAGCCAACGAGUCCCACUGUGUGGCCGGACACCCCUGCCCCCCUGACGCCAAGGCAUGCCGGGACGGCCAGACCUGUAUCCCCGCCGCGAAGUUCUGUGACGGUCAUCCCGACUGUCCGGACCACUCAGAUGAGAACUGUACCGUUGACCCGUUGAGACCCAGAGGUCCCCGACCCUCCUUCAGCACUCCCAGCUCUGCCGUUCCCACGUCCCUCGACGACCUCUUGCAGCGCGAGCUGGAAUCGGCGCCGUGUGACGAGAGGCUGUGUGGUGGGCGGGGGAAAUGCAUGACUGUGCCAGACGGGGGGACCGCCUGCGAGUGCCACUCAGGCUUUCGGGGAACGUUCUGCGAAGACGGCGCUCCGUCGGUCCAGCCACUGCUCACCUACGCUGGCGGUGCCUUGGCCGCUGUGGUCGUCAUUGCCGCUGCGGCCGUGUUCCUCAUCAGGAAGAGGAAGGCGGCAGGCAAAAGGGCGACUCCCCAGACAGAGAUGGUGGCUCGGGUGGAGGGACCCCCAGCACAGGCCUCUGCCUCCCCCCCAGAGGCGCACAGCCCUGAGGAGCCUGUUUCCCCGGAACAAUGAGCACCUUCAGACUGCCUACAGCCCUUCUGUACAUGAAAUAAAUGCUCAUUGAGCUUAACUUG